UUUUUUUUAUUAAGUUCUAUGUAUAAAAAUGUGGUCUCCAAAGAGAAAUUAAUCAUUCAUCAUGAAGAAAAUGAGUCUAGAAGUCAAUUAGAAUCAGUUAGUGUUAGUGAGAGGAGCCUAGAUAAGUUACUCUUACUUUUAGUAGAAAAUAACAAUGAGAGAAUGGCAAAAGUCUAUUCAUUUUCAUCACCAAAGGGACAGUUUUUGAAGGGGAAGUAUGUUGAGAUAGUGUUUAAAUUCUGCCAGGAGCUGGAUAUGCCAAGAGAAAUUUAUUAUCUGACCGUGGAGUUAUUUGAAUGUUUCAUGCAGAGCCACGUGGCGGAAAUGUACAAUUAUGUCAUUGAGAAUUUCCCCAGAGAAAAAAGAAAACAAGAAUGGGACAAAAUUCUUGCCAGGAUUGCUCACCAGAUGAUCCUUCGGAUUGCUUCUUGUAUCCAGUUGGCCAGCAAGUUUGUCUCUACAUAUGAGCACUUAAACUGCUAUCAAAUGAUUGCCUUACUUAGAAGAUAUGGUCUAAAAUUUAAAGCAGAUGGAAUCGUCCAAUCGGAAUUGAGGGUUUUUAAAGGGUUGGGGUUUAAUGUUAUGCGGACCACGCCUCUUAUUUAUGUACACACACUCAUCAAUAAGCUAAGUUUUAACAAAAGAUUAAAAAUAGACAUUGAGAAGUACACGUUGUAUAGUUACGACGUCUUGGACUAUGCUAUGAUUGAAAGAGAAUUAAUUUAUAAUUCAUUUGCUGUUGAACUAUCAAACUCACAAGUCAACUCUAGAUCGGAAAGAAUAGCCAUCCACGCCAUAGAGAGAGAUUACAUGUUUUUGGCUUCUGGUGUCAUUGCGACGACAUCAUUCCUUAUAGAUCAGAGUUUAACUGAUGACGUCAUAGGGUCGUUGAAUGAUAUUACAGGAAUUUCUGUGAGACAUCUAGUUGACCUGACCUCAAUAAUGUUGAAACCUUUUGCCUUAGCAUCGCCAUCAACAGCAGCAGUGACGUCAUCAACAGCAGCAGCGACAGCAACAAUGACGUCAUCAGCAGUUACGAGAGUAUCAGCUGCAGCAGCUACGAGGUUAUCCAGCAGCUCCGAAGUUAUCGGCUGCAGCAGCUCCGAAGUUAUCGGCUGCAGCAGCUCCGAAGUUAUCAGCUGCAGCAGCUAUGAGGUUACCAAAAGUUCCGUGGUUAUCGGCUGCAGCAGCUACGAGGUUAUCAGCUGCAGCAGUUCCUAGGUUUUCAGCUGCCGCAGCUCCGUGGUUUUCAGCCGCAGCAGCUACAACGUUAUCAGCUGCAGCAGCUACGAGAUUAUCAGUUGCAGCAGCUAUGAGGGAAUCAGCGUCUGUGUAUGCAUGUCAUCGUUCUGAUAGAUGAUAACGGUGGUGAUUUUAGUGCUGAUGAUGAUGGUUAUGAUGAUUAUCAUUUUGAUGACGAUUUCGGUUAUGGGGGUUACUUACAUUAUUACUAAUAUAAUAUAGUUGUGAUUUUUUCUGUGUCUUUUCAGGGCUGACUUUGUUUGAAAGAAAUGGACGUACAUAUAGUUAAGCUUUGUUGAAAUUUAUUUUCAAUUCGGUACAAUUCCUUAAUUAUACAUUUAAAAUUCCUUUUCUUUUUAAAUUGCUAAUGAAUUAUGAAUUGCUUCGUUGUUAUUUGUUUUUAAAUUUCAUCAAUUACAUUUAUUAAUUUUACUCCUUCAUUAAUUUUUUUUCAAAUUGUUAUGUAUAUACUUUUAUUAUUGAAUGCCGGUAAAAGGCCAUAAUUAAUGCGGUAAUUUAUGAAAUCUACCGAAUUUGUAGCGUUGUCUUCGGUUGAUCCUAGAUGGUAAAAGACCAGCCAAAGGCAGCGCUAGAAAUUCGGUGGAUUUCAUAAAUUACUUUUAUUAUUAUAAACUGCAUUAUUUCCAACUUGUUUAUUUAUUCGUAAUCAUUCCUUCGUUUAAUAAUGUUUGCAGCUUAUUAUUAUAAUUUAGAAAUAGUGAUGGCGAGAAUGACCUCAUCGAUAAUAUUAGAGAUGCCUCGGGUGGUGGUACAAAUCAAUUGCUUAGUGAAAUUUAUAUAGCGCCGUUUGCACGUGCGUUGAAUUCGACGUCAUUUCAUCUUUCAGACUGUUAUUAUUGGCUUUUUGAUGUUGUUGUUAUAUCAGUUUAAAGUUGGUUUUGAAUUUAUUAAUUUGUCGAUGUGGUUUUGGCUUCUUCUUUUCAAAUGUUUAAAUUUAAUUUUAUAGUUUUUUCAAUUGAAUCUUCAUUUUAUCCAUCUUAAUAAGAUAAAUUGUAAAUAUUUUAGAUGAUAUUGAUCACAAUUAAUGCUUGAUAUAUCA